CUAUCCUCUUACAAAGUAAACCUCAUUAAUGUGCGCAGUCUUGUAAACAAGCUACAAAACUUUCAAACUUAUAUUUAUACCUCUACCCCCGACAUUAUUGGAGUUACUGAAACAUGGCUAAACGAUUCGAUCUUGAAUAAUGAAAUAUUGCCCUAUGAUUACUCAAUCUUCCGUAAAGACAGGAACUCAAGAGGUGGAGGAGCUCUACUGGCUAUUCAUAUCUCAAUUCCAACCAAAAUUAUUCCUUCCCCUCCAAACCUAGAAAUCAUUGUGGUUGAGUUAAUUCAUGUCAAAUGUAUUGUGUGUUGUGUUUACUCUCCCCCUACUGUUAGUCUCACAACUUUUACUGACACACUUUCAUUUCUCAGUAAUCUAGCUAGUGAUCAUAAUGUUUUAAUCAUUGGUGACUUCAACCUCCCUGAUCUAAAUUGGUCCACACUAUCAGGCAGUUCUGUUAUGUCAAACCUAUUCUGUGAUUUUGUUUUUGAUUACAACCUAUCACAAUUAGUCUCUGUACCCACUCACAUCAAAGGUAACUGUCUUGAUUUAGUUUUGUCUAAUUUACCAGAAACUGUGGAUUCGGUUAACUCUUCACCUAAUCCUCUACUCCUCACUGACCAUUAAUUUCUUAGUUUCAUUUUUGUUAUCAGUGGAUGUGGGGCCACCAUCUGUUGUUGUCAAGCCCCACUAUGUUUUAGACUACGCCAAACUUGACUAUGAAGGCAUGGCAGACCAUCUGCUCAACAUUGACUACUCAUCUUGCUUGUAUUGCACUGACGUUGAAGUAAUAUGGUGUAACCUAAGAUCAAUCAUCAAUGAUGCUAUUAAUCGAUUUGCCCCCAGGGUCAAAAUAAGGGCCAAAAAGAACCACCCCAAGUGGUACAACUCAGCAGUAAGGCAUCACAUAAACUGUGUUCGUUCUAUUAGAAAGAAGGCUAUGCUUAAUCCUUCAGCUACAAACAUUUCUAAACUAGAGAAAGCUGAGCUGAACCUGUGCAGCAGUAUGACAGCCGCAAAGUCUUCCUAUGAAGUAAAGCUUGUUGAUGAGUUCGCUUUUAAUAACAGCAACAAAAUCCACAAAUACAUCAAGAGCAUCUUGAAAACCAAUAAUCUUCCUGUAUCAAUGUGCCUCAAUACUCAUACUGUCACAUCGGACGGGGACAAAGCAUCCCUUUUCAAUAAAUUUUUCGAAUCAGUCUACUCUAAGUCUGACUCGGGCCAUCAUCCU